UACGUUUAAAAUUGUUUAUAAUUAAAAUGUAUAAUAACGUUUUUCGGAGUUAUUGUAUGGUGACGAGACAAUUUUGUUGUAAAUUGACACAAUGUAAAUUCAUAAACACAAGACUCAAAGUUUUUGAUCGAGAACAUGUUCAACAUCGUGUGUUGAUAGUACGAUCUAGCAGUUCGAACACUAGAUCGCACGAAAUAACUACUAAAUUUAAUACUGAAUGUGAAGAAAAGCUUAACGAGCUUCUUAAAUGUCCAGCGAAUGAAAUGCUUUAUAAGAAAAUAGAGUACGAAUUAGAAAUGAUAAAAUACGAAAGUGGAAAGUUUCCGAAAGAAGUGACUGCCGAAAACUGGAUAAUGUUAUUGUCAGGAAAUAGUAAAGCACAAAGAAGGUCAUAUCUGUAUUAUCUUUGGAAAAAUGAAAUAAAAGCAGAAAAUCAAAAGAAAAAAAAAGAAUUAAGGGCUGCAACGCCGUUGUCCGAACCAGAAACUGAUCAUAUAAAAUAUGGUCUGAAAUAUAAUUCAUUGUUAUUGCGUAUAUCUGAUACAACAAUGACACAGUAUUAUAACAAAGGUUUAAUAAAUGCUAUAUUAUACGAACCGAAAAUAGUAUUUGAUCUUGGGUAUGACGAUAUUAUGACAAGAUACGAGACACAGAAUUGUGCGAAACAAUUAGUAUUAACAUUCGCAGCUAACAGAGCGCACAUUAAUCCUUUUAAUCUUUAUUUUUGUAAUGCUAAUAUGUCCGGUUACCUUAUGGAAAAACUUCAUCAAUCGAUACCAACUAUCUAUGAUUUGGAUUUUCCAUUACACAUCACUUCAAAAUCUUAUUUAGAUCUGUUUGAUAAAAGUGAAUUGGUGUACCUUACUCCGCAUGCUAACACAUAUAUGGAAGCAUUUGAUCCUGACAAAGUAUAUAUUAUUGGUGGCUUGGUAGAUAAGAUUCAUCCUAAGCCAUCCACAUUGGUAAAAGCUAAACGAGAAGGUAUUCAAAUGCUCAAAUUUCCCUUAGAGAAAUAUUUAGACUGGGGAAGUGGAUCUGCAAAAAAUCUUGCCAUUAAUCAGGUUAUGAAUAUCUUACUGGAUCUUAGACACACUAAUAAUUGGGGCACAGCUUUGAAACAUGUUCCUACAAGGAAGUUAAAACAAGAAAGAAUGAAGACAUUAAUGAAUACCACGCUGAAACGAAAAGAAGUAAUACAGAAGUUAAUGAACCAAUCUUAA